AUGUACAUGAGAUAUUUCUCCAGAUUAUUUUCAGCGAUGGCUGGUCCCAGGCCCGUGGUGCUGAGCGGUCCGUCCGGAGCGGGGAAGAGCACUCUGCUGAAGAAGCUGAUGAAGGAGUAUGACAGUGUGUUCGGCUUCAGCGUGUCGCAUACAACAAGGAAACCGAGGCCAGGAGAAGUCAACGGCAAAGACUACCACUACGUGAGCCGGGAGGCGAUGCAGGCGGGCAUCGAUAACGGCGAGUUUAUCGAGAACGCCGUGUUCUCGGGGAACAUGUAUGGCACCAGUAAAGCGGCGGUGCAGGACGUCCAGGCCAAGAACCUGAUCUGCAUCCUGGACAUCGACAUGCAGGGGGUCCGCAACAUCAAGGGCACGGACCUCAACCCCAUCUACAUCUCCAUCCAGCCGCCCUCCAUGCACGUGCUGGAAAAACGCUUAAGAGACAGAAAAACUGAGUGUGAGGAGAGUCUCCAGAGGCGUCUGCAAGCAGCUAAAGUGGAUAUGGAAUUAAGUAAAGAAGAGGGAAUGUUUGAUGUGGUGAUCAUCAACAAUCACUUGGACGACGCCUACGUGCAGCUAAAAGAUUCUCUUCUGGAGGAAAUCAACAAGGUGAAGCAGACCCCAGCGUCGUCAUAG